AUGGAAAGCUCGACGGGAUCGGCCGCAGAUAAAAAACGGAAUAAGCUAGGCUACCAUAGAACUUCUGUCGCUUGUGUACACUGCAGAAGGAGAAAAAUACGAUGCUUACUUGCGCCUGACGAUUCUCAGGGCCGGUGCGAGAACUGUAUCCGUCUGAAGAAAGAAUGUCAUUUCUAUCCCGUGGACCAGCAACCGGCGGUAGAUAAACGAGGGCGUCCCAUAUCGAAACCCGAGACCGCAGGAUCUGAUGUAUCCUUGACUACUACGCCUCCUCUGCUGGGCAGCGGAACAGUGAUGGAGCAGAAGGAGUCUUACUUCCCAUAUACGAAUAUGGCAAUAACUUCCAGUCAAGACAUAUCAGCCUAUAACUCUGGCGCAUACUCCGGAACGCCCGUGGCAGCAUAUACACCAGAUUCCAUGGUUGCGCCUGAAUUAGGUGCGAUACCAAACCCAGCCCAGCCUGUUUCGGCGUGGAACGAGCCUCUUUAUGAAGCACAAGUACCCGGAAUGGUUAUGAGGCCUUCUCCUGGAACAGUCGUACAGCCAGGGGCGAUUCCACAUCCAUCAACAGGCCCAAUGGCGGUUACGCCAGACCCCACCGGAAUACUUCCAGUCAACAUGUCUGCUUCUGGAUUUGGUGCUCCUCAUGAUAACACAGUAUGGGGCGGCCAAAUAUCGAGAUCUAUGAGUUUAUCUGCGAGACCAGGCGUGUCUUCACCAAUACCUCAACUAUUUCCUAGCCAGUACCACCCUUCACCACCGAUUCACCCUGAAUUUAAACGCCGAAUGACUACCCCGGCCGAGUCUUCUUACCCAGCAACCAUGAGCCAUUCCAUCCCUCAACUCCCUUCGACACCUAUCCCCGUAUCAUAUGAUGAGAGCCAAAUACCAUUUUCCGCCUAUAAUAUGCCCGGAGCCGUCCCAGAAGGCCUACGGCACCCGGGCCAGGUUAUUGUUGGCUCCGCAGCAGACCCAAUGUCCCUUUCGGAGUGGUAUUCGCCAGAUUCUCUACAAGCGCACCAGCAGGCCUUCAUCCCAGAUCAGCAAAAUCUGAUGCAUCGCCCACCAAGCUAA